AUGGCUGUCCAGCUCGGCCAUCACCUACGAUGGAACCUCCCAGAUGUCCUACAGCCCGGCACCCCCCUGCCCGAGAUCCCCUCCCUCUGCGAGCCCAACAGUUAUGAUAAAGAGGGUUUUUUCGAUUUUCCCACUCGACGGGGGUGGUAUAUCGACUUUGCGGAAAGCUCCGGUCCACAGAGGAUCAACAGGGACGAGGUUCCCUCCGCUGCAGAUAAAGGAGCUUUUCUGCAGUCAUGGCUAUUCUUCGGCAUGAUGUAUGAGGUCUUACGACUUUUGAACGUCGAGGUAGAUCUGGAGGAUUUUGUGGUUCGAGAUGGGGACGGAACGAGACGAUGCAUAACCACUUAUCCGCUACGAAGGUACUUUGCGGAUUGCACCCAGCGCGAGAGGGCAGGAAGUAGGAUUCCCGGGGAUUCCCCACUCACCGAUAUUUCCAAAAUAUUGAGGCGCGUUGAUUCGACUAUUCGGAGAUAUUCGGACACUCUUUCCUCUGGAACUUGGAGGCUGUCAGAGGCCCUGUCGCUGGAUACUGUGCUUAGUAUCUUGGUCCUUGGGGAAUCCCUCCUGAAUCUAGCAAAGCUGGCGAUGCCGCUUCCAGGAAACGAUCAGUCAAUGCUCCAUGGUGUCGGCUUUUUUUGGGCUCGGAAUCCUUUAGAACAGCGUAUGCGGGGUGCCGGCUGGUGUAUUAGUACCACGAAAAUGCUGCAUACCCUGCUUGAUACCACUGGGUUAUACUAUGCUAGUAGGCUUCGACUACCGACUCAUUCUGGCCAGCAAUCACACAGCAAUUGCACGAUGCAACAGUGCUUUGCCAAUCACGUUGACGAGAGCACGUAUCAGACCCAACAUUUCGAGGGGUGCCGGGGAUGCGAACACAUAUCGAUAGAUGUGGAAAAGGUGGCAAAGGUCAUCGGGCAGGGGAAAACACCAAUCGUGUCCAUCAAUUUGCUAGGUGCCGAUAAUGAUCGCCCGGAUAUCGAGCUUGAAGUCACAACAUCAGCACCCUACGUCGCGAUCUCACAUGUGUGGGCACAGGGGCUAGGAAACGCCCAAGCUAACAGUCUCCCCCGCUGCCAGCUCGCAAGGAUCAAGCGGAUGGUCUGUGGAAUACGCCCAAUGGGCCCUAUGGAUAAUACCUCUGAGCUCGGGGUAUGGAUGGACACUCUUUGCAUUCCCGUGGCGCCUCAUCUCAAGCCGCUCCGGAAACUCUCAAUAGCGCGUCUUGAGGAGACAUACAGAAAUGCGGAUCAAGUCUUGGUUGUGGACAAGGACUUGAUGAGCGCCUCUGGUUUCGCUAGUCGUAUUGAGAAGGCGACUCGUCUACUUUGCUCUGCCUGGAUGCGCCGCUUGUGGACUUAUCAGGAGGCCGUGGUGUCCAAUCUCCAUCCCAACUGUGAGAAGUUGCAGAUUCAGUUUUCCGAGGGACCGGUGACCUUCCACUCACUCUGCGCGGACCCCAUAAGCCUUUGCCACUCGGAAACAGCUAUCAGGAGCCUCUUGUUAGCUUUGCCGCUGACGGGAUCUGUUUCCUUCAUGUUCUCAACUCUAAGCAGAGCUCUGCGCUACCGAACCACUAGUCGGCAAUCUGACGAGGCUAUCUGCCUAACCGCAGUGUUGGGCCACGACGUAUCGAAAGUGGUAGCAACGGACAAUGCGGAGGAGCGCAUGGCAAUAUUCUAUUCCUUCAUAGACACUGUCCCUGCCGAAAUAAUAUUCCGAAUAGCCCCCCGCUUGCAAAUGGACGGAUACCGCUGGGCACCCCUCUCCUUCCUCCAGCAAACGACACAGAUCGCGGCAGCGAAAGGUCUCGACGCGCCCAGAGACUCACACGGGGUAUAUGUGACUUUCCCUGCUCUGCGGUUCCUCUCCAUCAGCCCGCCCAAAAACCUCAGCAAUCAUUUCGUUCUCGGAGAGGAUCCAGGGAAUCCAACUAUAUAUCUGAGUUCAGCGGGGGCAAAGAUGGGAAGGACAGAUGAGGAAUGGAGGAGAGUUGUUAGGGAGUGGGAAGAGUUUGAUCGUGUUGUUCUCGGGAGCGGCGAGAUUGCAUUGAUUCUUAAUCCCAGUCCUACAUCACAGCAUGCCUUGGUUUCAGUCCUGAGGAAAGGGCCGGAUGAGACGAGAUACUGUCGGUUUCUAUGCUUGGCUGAGACGAGUUCAGUGCAUGCUACCUCUCUUGAUAUUUGCGGAAGGGUGGCAAUAGAGAGAAUUGAUGCUGGUGCAACAUGGUGCGUGGGGUAGCUGGUGUCUUGCCCUUUGCGCUCCCACUGGGCAUUUGGGGAUAAAUAUAGUAUUAAGUAUUUGACGUUGGGUAGGAUCAACGGCUGGGCUAGAAGUCCAACGCGAAGGAAUAAAGCUGAGUUAACUACACGGUAGAAUAUGGCUGGACGUUCCCAUAAGCGAAGACUGUCCCGAAGAAGUUGGCGGUUUCCACUGACGGGGCCAAAAAGUUCCGUAUGACCGAUUCAGAGCCCAGUUUUGAGUCACGGAAUGGUAAAGCUUUCACUUCGGCUCGGCUCGUGGUGUUAUUCUGUGGGUAUCAUAGCCAUAUAUGUAAGAACUCCAGGUUGGAGUGAGAUGAGCGAGUGAUGCCAUGUGAUGACCCGCUACAGAGCCCUAGGGUUGUCCACUAAAGGGGACAGUUUCGAAGAAGGGGUUGGGAAA